AUGGAGAGCCAGAGCAGAGACCCCCCCAGCACGAAGGAAUUUUCCUGGCCCCAGCCGAAUUCCAGCAGCAAUUCCUUGACCCUCCCAGCCGAGCUGGACAACCCCGGCUGCUCCUCCAGCGACUCCGACUACGACGAGGAGGAGCCGCGGAAAUUCCGGGUGUUGAUCAAACCCCUGCAGCCCCAGGAGCCCGCCCAGGCCACCGAGGAGCAGCUCAGGGCCACCGUGGGCCACCUCAGCCUGGGCCCCGCGCUCGGGGGCACCGGCAGGAGGCUGGCGGGACGACAGGUGACAUCCCUGACCCCCAGCGACCCCGAGGGGACCCUGCCAGGGGGUGACAGCGGGGGGAGGGGUCUCCCUGCAGCGCAGCUGGACAGCGGCCCCGUGAAGCCCCCCCAGGACCCCCAGGACCCCCGGGACCCCCGGGACCCCCCAGACUCAGCCGCUCUCUUUGGGCCCCCCCUGGAAUCAGCGUUCGAGGAAUUCCCGGCCCCUCGCUCCUGCUCGUCGCCUUCCUCCUCCUCCUCCUCCUCCUCCUGCUCGCCAGAGAACGUUCCAGACUCGGGGCUGGACUCGCCCUCGCACCCCCAGCCCGGACCCUCCCCGGAUUCCCGGCCCUGGACCCCCCAAGGGGACCCCAAAAAUUCAUCCCGGCCCUGGACCCCCCAGCCCGACCCCCCAAACCCCUCCAGGAAGCCCCCAGACCCCUCCUGGACCCCCCAAGGGGACCCCAAAAAUCCCUCCCGGCCCUGGACCCCCCAGGGGGACCCCCCAGACCCCCCCAAUUUUGCCCCUUUUGGCGCUGCCGAGGGGCUCUGGGUGGUCCCGGGGGGGGUCUCGGGGGUCUCGGGGGUCGCCCCCCCCCGGUCCCGCAGCCGCUGUCCCACCGACCCCCCCCCCUCCCCCUCCCCGGACCCUUUUGGGGACCCCCCGGUGUGGGGGGAGCCCCCCCCGGCUCCUUCCUCCCGCUCCUCCUCCUCGUCCUCUCCCGCGCCCCCGAGCGGGCGGGGGUCGUGCAGCCCCUCCCCCUCCCCGUGGGGGUGUCCCGGGCCGGGGUCGGGGGAGGGGGGAGCGGCGGGGGAGGCGCAGCCGGAGCCGGAGCCCCCCUGGCCCAGCGCUGCCCCCCGGGACGUUCCUGUCGUGGCCCCCCCGCGCCGCUGCCGCUCCAGGCGGGCCGGGCCGGGCAGCAACAGCGACCUGUCCCGCUCUCUGAGCCCCUCGCCCUCCUGGAGCUGCGGCCCCUCUCACUCGGCCCCCGCCAGCCUGAGCGAGCGCGGCUUCUUCAGCGCGGCCCCGCCGGCGCUCGGGCUAUCCCGAGGUCCCAGCCCGGUGGUGCUGGGCUCGCAGGACGCGCUGCCCGUGGCCACCGCAUUCACCGAGUACGUGCACGCCUAUUUCAAAGGACGCGACGCCGACAGCUGCCUGGUGAAGGUGACGGGGGAGCUGACGAUGUCGUUCCCCGCGGGGAUCGUGCGGGUGUUCGGGGCCAGCGCGGCGCCGCCGGUGCUGAGCUUCAGACUCCUGAACGCGGCGGGCAUCGAGCAGUUCCUGCCCAACAGCGAGCUGCUCUACAGCGACCCCUCGCAGAGCGACCCCAGCACCAAGGAUUUCUGGCUGAACAUGGGGGCGCUGAGCGCGCAGCUGCAGCGCCAGGCGGAGCAGAGCCCCGGCGCGCCCUACUACAACGUGGUGCUGCUCAAGUACCAGUUCUCGCGGCUGGGGCCCGGCUCGGCCCCGCUGCGCCUGGCCGUGAGCUGGGACUGCUCUCCCGGGUGCACCCGGGUCACGGUGGAGUACGGCUACAACGGGGCCGCGCUGGCGCUGCCCGCGCCCCUCGCCAACGUCACCGUGCUGCUGCCCCUGGAGGAGCCCCUGGGCAACCUGCGGCUGCAGCCCGCGGCCACCUGGAACCUGGAGGAGAAGCGGCUGCUCUGGAAGCUGCUCGAUGUGCCCGGAGCGCCGGGCCAGGCGGGCUCGGGCCGGCUCUCUGCCAGCUGGGAGCCGCUCGGGGGUCGCAGCAAGCCCAGCCCGGUGGCGGCGCAGUUCAGCGGCGAGGGGAGCACGCUGAGCGGGCUGGAGCUGCAGCUGCCCGGGGCGGCGUACAGGGUGUCACUGCUCAAAAAGAGAUUCGCUACAGGGAUUUACCUGGCGGGGUCCUGAGCGGCUCCGGGACCCCCGCCCCGAAUUUGGGAAUUUGGAAACACUGGAUGGAGCUGGGGGAGGGGAGGGGGCGCUGUCCCCUCCCCCCUGUCGCUGUCC